CUGGCUGUGGUCCCGGCGCCGCGCUUCCGGGUUGGCUGCGGCUGCGGCGGCACCGGCUCGGGGGCCGGAGCUGAGGCCGGAGCAGCGCGGGAGCCCCCGCGGCGGGCUGGGCCGGCGGAGGGGCAAGGGGAGCCCAGCGCAGGGGCGCCCGCCCGGUGGACGAUCUGCGACCCGGGCCCCGCCGGGCGGCCGGGAGAGAUCGAAACCUUCGUGGCCUCCAAAGAACAUGGCCGCCGCAGCCCCAGCGCCUCCCCGGCAGCUGGUGGUCCACUCGGACACGCACAGCGACACUGUCCUGGCCAGUUUCGAGGAUCAGAGGAAGAAGGGCUUCCUCUGUGACAUCACCUUGAUCGUGGAGAACGUGCACUUCCGAGCCCACAAGGCCUUGCUGGCCGCCAGCAGCGAGUAUUUCUCCAUGAUGUUUGCAGAAGAAGGGGAGAUCGGCCAGUCCAUUUACAUGCUGGAAGGCAUGGUGGCGGACACCUUCGGCAUCCUGCUGGAGUUCAUCUACACCGGCUGUCUGCACGCCAGCGAGAAGAGCACGGAACAGAUCCUGGCGACUGCGCAGUUCUUAAAAGUCUCCGACCUGGUCAAGGCUUACACGGACUUCCAGAACGACCCCAGGUCCCCGAAGCCCACGCCUCUGGCCACUGCCGGUGCCCCAGUGGUGGUUAUUUCUAACAAGAAGAAUGAGCCUCCAAAACGGAAGCGGGGAAGACCAAGAAAAGUCAACAGCGUGCCCGAGGGGACGGCAGCCUCGGCUGCAGACGAGGAGAUACAGCUGAGACUGCACAGCCCGGCUCAGGAUGGACAAAACUCUGUGGUCACAGAGGGAGCCCCCGGUGGUGUCCUGGGCGAGCAGGCUCCAGCGAAAGGAAAGGAAGGGUCGGCACCUGCCUGUGAGCCGGGCAGCGUGGAGGAAACACCAGCCAGGAAGGAUGAGAACUGUGAUCCCAAGAGCCAGGAGGGGCAGGACAGCCAGAGUCGCUACAGCAAGCGCAGGAUUCGCAGAUCCGUGAAGCUGAAAGAUUACAAACUCGUGGGGGGGGACGAUGAGGACCAGGGCGCUGCCAAGAGGAUCUGCGGGAGGAAAAAGCGCGCCCGCGGCCCCGAGGCCCGAUGCAAAGACUGCGGCAAAGUCUUCAAGUACAAUCACUUCUUAGCGAUCCACCAGCGGAGUCACACGGGUGAGCGACCUUUCAAGUGUAACGAGUGUGGAAAAGGCUUUGCGCAGAAGCACUCGCUGCAGGUGCACACGAGGAUGCACACGGGCGAGCGGCCGUACACCUGCACCGUGUGCAGCAAGGCUCUGACCACCAAGCACUCGCUGCUGGAGCACAUGAGCCUGCACUCAGGACAGAAGUCUUUCACCUGUGAUCAGUGUGGAAAAUACUUCAGCCAGAAGCGACAGCUAAAGAGCCAUUACCGAGUUCACACAGGCCACUCAUUGCCGGAAUGCAACCACUGCCACCGCAAAUUCAUGGAUGUGUCUCAGCUAAAGAAACACCUGCGAACCCACACAGGUGAGAAGCCAUUUACUUGUGAGAUCUGUGGCAAAUCUUUCACAGCCAAGAGUUCUCUGCAGACGCACAUCCGAAUCCACCGAGGAGAGAAGCCCUACUCCUGCGGCAUCUGUGGCAAAUCCUUCUCUGACUCCAGCGCCAAGAGGCGACACUGCAUUCUCCACACCGGCAAGAAGCCCUUCUCCUGCCCUGAGUGUAACUUGCAGUUUGCGCGCUUGGACAACCUGAAGGCCCACUUGAAAAUCCACAGCAAAGAGAAACAGGCGUCCGAUGCCGGCAGCGCUCCCAGCAGCGGCAACGCAGAAGAGGUCCGGAAUAUCCUUCAGCUCCAGCCGUAUCAACUCUCUACCUCGGGGGAGCAGGAGAUCCAGCUGCUCGUAACCGAUUCCGUGCACAACAUCAAUUUCAUGCCAGGGCCCAACCAAGGAAUCAGCAUCGUCACUGCAGAGACUUCCCAGAACAUGACCGCAGACCAGGCCGCCAACCUGACCCUGCUCACACAGCAGCCGGAGCAGCUGCAGAAUCUGAUUCUUUCAGCCCAGCCGGAGCAGACAGGACACAUCCAGGGCCUCAACAUGAUUGAAAGCCAGAUGGCGCCCUCGCAGACGGAGCCGGUGCACGUCAUCACACUGUCCAAGGAAACCCUGGAACACCUUCACGCCCAUCAGGAGCAAACAGAGGAGCUGCGUUUAGCAGCAAGUGCUUCCGAUGCGGCUCAGCACCUGCAGCUGACACAGGAGCCAGAUCCACCGCCUCCCACGCACCACGUGCCCCCACCCACGCCGCUGGGCCAGGAGCAGAGCUGACCCGGGAGCACUCAGGCUGCUUCCCGCAAGCUGGCUCUGAGCAGACUGUAAGAACUGGCAGGCAGGUUCUCUGAAGGGCUGACUUACAGAUCCUCACAGAGACGGGACAGCAGCAAGGCUUGGGGGUGAGAGAGAGAGAGAGAGAGAGAGAGGUCCUGUCUGUAGGACAGCAUUUCAUUGCUGAUGAAGGCAUCUCAUUUUCAGCUACUGCGUCUCUUAAAGACCAGGUCCCGUCGCUUCUUGGCCUUUUGGCUGAGAUCAAGUGUAAAGACCGGGUCCUUCUCUGGGGGCUCUCUAUAAAAUGUUCACAGCCAUAGGCCAUGGUCUUGCUGAUCUUUCCAGUUACGGUUUCAGUGUUUUAGAACCAAGAAAGUCAUUCACAGGUUGACUUGAGUUGAGUGGCUGGUUCGCCUUCCCUGUUCUCUUAGGCAACACGAUUGCUACUCCAGGUCAGGACUGACUGUGACGGCUCACGAGCUUUGGAGAAUUUGCCUUCUUAAUAAUGUCCAGUCCCCUGAGACAUAUUAGCUAUCUCUUGAUGUCUGAUCUUUGUGUGUGCAGUACAGGGGGCCCAUUAGACGGAUUACAACCCAGAGGCUUAUUUAUAGCUCAAAAAUUCAUAUAUCAAAGCCAAAAAUAUAAGAUUUUUUUAACUGUAAAUUCAACUUUUCUGAAAAAGCAUGGGUCUAUUUAUUUCUUAAAAAGCAAACUAUUAACUUUUAAUUAAAAGGUCUAAUUAAAGUAUGAAAUUGAAUCAUGGCGUUCACCCCAAGUAAAUUCUGAAUUUCUGGCAGAAAUAAUCCUUGAUUUUCAUGAGAAAGACAAAUGCCUUAAUUAUCCUGAAAUGAAUAUUUUAUCCAGUGUAAUUUAAGUGAUAAACAUACCCUACAGAAGUCAAAUUGACCUCCAAAAAUGUUGAUCCGUGUGUGGUGCCUGGUAACUUUCUGGAGAUGGAAAUUUAUUACUUAUUUGCAUUGCAGGUUAGGUUAAAUCCCACAAAAUGGGCACGUCAGUUUUUAAAUUAUCUUGGGGUGGGCAUUGUGAUCCCAAGCCACAGCCUGCUGCUUGGGACGUGUGUUUCCCAAAUGAGAAUGCCUGGAUUUGAGUCUCAGCUCCAUUUCCAGUUCCAGCUUCCUGCCAGUGCUUCCCCUAGGAGGGAGCAGAACAUGGCUCAGGCACUUGGGACCCUGCCACCCACAAGUGAGAUGGCCUGAGUCCCCAACCCCUGGCUUUGGCCUGACCCAACCCUGGCCCUUUGCCUUUCAAAUAAAGAAAACCAAAAAACAUGUAUUCAUGAGGUUUAUAUUAGAAAGGCACAGAGACACAGUUCCAACCCGCUGGUUCACUCCCAAAAUGCCCACAACAGCCAGGACUGGACCAGGCUGAAGCCAGGGACCAGGAACUCAACCCAGGUCUCCCACAGGGGUGGCAGGGACCCGAGGACCUGAGCUGCUGCCUCCCAGGGUGCACUUUAGUUAGCGGAAAACUGGAAUUGGAAGUGGAGCCGGUACUCAAACCAGACACUCUUGAUAAUAGGAGGCAAACAUUCCCUUAACCGCUGUGCCAGACACCUGCCUGCCCUGAGCCGCCCUGCUGGGCCAAAGCUGAGAGCUAGGAACUCAGUCUGGGUUUCCCAGUGGGCACUUGAGCCAUUACCACUGCCUGCCCAGCGGGACCUGUAGGAACAGGAAGCUGGAGUCAGGAGCAGAACCAGAUACUCUGAUAUGAAUGCUGGGUUCCUAACUGCUAGGCUAAAUGCCCGCCCCAAUGAGAUACUUUGUAUCCUCUUUUACAUCUGAGGUCUUCAAAAUCUGGGGUGUAUUUUAUGCUUCCUGCCCCUUCUCAAUUGAACAUUAAUGUUCAUUGACUAGUACCUGACUUAUAUUUAGAUGUCAUACAAUUUACAGUGGCAAAUCCAGGUAUCAGGUAGCUGCAGACAUACUUAAUUUUUUUUUUCAAGGACUGAAACAAGUUAUCAGCUUUUAAUUUUUAUCAGAAUUCAAAUCCGGUUGCCCAAUUGCACAACCCAUGUUGGAAGUGUUCAGGAGCCACAUAGUGGCUGCUGGCUCCUGCACUGGGCAGCUUGAGAUCCAGUCCCAGCCGUAAGUGGGUUAUUUGACCAGCUGUCAAAGGGGAAAAGAAAUUGAUAGCUUUGUCAAUCUAGCCUCUGUGUCCCAAAUACACAUUCUGCCCCUUUGAAUGAAGUUCCUCUUUUAAAAGCUCAGUGGAGCCUGUAGGUAAAGGAAAUGUGCCACGUGCAUGAACAGGCUUCUCGUCUCACAGCCAGUGGAGCAUUUCACAAUUCACAUUGUGCUAAACGCGUACCAUUUUGGAAGUCAGCUUAAGUACAGAGACACCAGAGGGGCAAUAGUGUAGGUUAAGCUUUCGGCUUCUGAGACACAGCUUGUUUUGAAGAUGACUCCAGUUUGCCCCGGCUAGCCUUGGUAUGACUGGAACUGGGAGCUUCCAAGUAAGUUCUUCCCACGCCUGCCCGGGGUUUCUGCCUCCACUUUGUUUCCUACAGCUCGUUCUUGUGUUGUAGCUACUGUGCAUGGUGCCGAGGACCAGGGGAUUCUCAUUAGUGCCUAACAGUUACGCAUGGAGUCUUCUCCAAGGGGGGCUGAGGAGCAGGUGUGUGUCCUACCUAGGUUGUGCUCACACCUUUUCCCUGCCGUGGCACCCCACAAGCCAGGGUGGUUAGACGGCUGCAGACCUGUGGCCGGGACUUAGGGAGCAGUUUGCUAUGGCUGCUGUAACAGCACAGACUGGGUAGCCUAAGCUACAAAAUCUAUUUUUUUAAAAUAUUUAUUUAUUUACUUGAAAGAGUUACACAGAGAGAAGGAGAGGCAGAGAGAGAGAGAGAGGUCUUCUAUCCGCUGGUUCACUCCCCAGUUGACCACAAUGGCCAGAGCUGAACCAAUCCGAAGCCAAGAGCCAGGAGCUUCCUCCUGGUCUCCCAAGCAGGUGCAGGGGCCCAAGGACUUGGGCUAUCCUCUACCACUCUCCCAGGCCAUACAGAGAGCUGGACCGGAAGUGGAGCAGCCAGGACUCAAACCAGCAUCCACAUGGGCUGCCAGCACUGCAGGCUGCGGCUUUACCUGCUACGCCACAGUGUCAGCCCCCAAAAUCUAUUUUCUUGACCAGUCCUGGAGGUUGGAAGUCCAGGGUCAAGGUGUCAGCAGGGUUAGUUCUUCUGUACCCUUACUCCUUGGCCUGUAGAUGCCACCUCACUGUGUCCUCUUGUAUUAACCAUGUACAUGUGUAUGUCCCAGCCUCUAAGGAAUCUGGUCGUGUUGGCUUAGGGCCUACCCAAAUGACCUCAUUUUGCCUAAAUUACCUCUUUAAAGGCACUAUCCCCAAAUAUAGACCCAUUCUCAGGCACUGGGGGUCAGGAUAGCAACAUGCUAAUUUGGAGGGAGGGAACCACAAUAAGCUGUAAUACCCAGCAUGGUGGGGGGAGGGAGGGUGGAGGGGCGGGAGUUUCUGGGACACACCUGCUACCCAUUUGAACACUUAAUCAUGACAUUCCUAUGAGGUACGUAGUAUCAUUUGUGGCUGUUUUACAGCUGAGAACAUCAAGGCCCAAAGAGAUGAAGUGCAUUGCCCCAGGUCAUACAGUGAGUGGCAGAGCCAGAACUGGGCCACAGAGCUGCCUGAUCCCGUUUUUGAAAGGAAAAGUUACAGAGAUGGAGAAAGAGAGAGCUUUCAUCCCGCUGGUUCAUCCCCCAAAUGGCCAGGACUGGGCCAGGCUGAAGCCAGGAGCUUCAUCCAGGUCUCCUAUGUGCGGGCAGGGGCCCAUGGACUUGGGUCAUCUUCUAUUGCUUUCCCAGGCGCAUUAGCAGAGAGCUGGUUUGAAAGUGGAGCAGCCAGGACAUGCCAACAUUGCAGAUGUUAGCUUAACCGGUUACACCACAAUGCCAGUGCCCAACUUUUGAAACUAAGUUGCAUUUCUCAUCUAUGAUCUGCUUAGUGUAAUAGAACUUUUCUAGCUAACAAGGAGGGGCUAUGCCUGAAAUUUAAAUCAAACUUUUUACAACAGUAAGUAAAAAUUAUGCUCUUUCUCCUACAGAAAUACAGUAACUACCAUGUAUGGAUUUGAAAGGCAGAGAGGCAGAGGGGGAAGAGAUACAGAAAGAGUUCUUUCAUCAUCUAUUGGCUCACUCCCUAAAUGCCUACAGCAGCCUAGGCUAGACCAUGUGGCAGGAACUCAAUCCUUAAGUCUCCUGCGUGACUGGCAGGAAACUUGGGCCAUUAUCCCCUGCUUCCCAGGUGCAUCAACAGGAAGUGGAUCUUAAUUGCUGAGUGGCCAGGACUUGAAUCCUGUACUGUGGUAAUGGAUGUGGAUGUCCCAAGCAGCGGCUUAACCCUCUGCACCACAGUGCCCACCCCCGUAACUACCAGUUUCAUAAUGCGUAUUGGGAUUUCACAACUCCUGACUUACCGCAUAAUCAAAAUGUACCACG